AUGGACUUUCCAAAUAUCCGCUUUCUCCUUCUUCCCCUCCUUCUUCCUUAUUCGGUCUCAUUAACUUUUCACUCGUUAAUUCACCCUGGUGUCUCCCCCAUUCUUCAACUAUUUCACUCAUCAUUUCUCUCUCUCUCUCUCUCUCCUGUGGUUACUGCGUUAGAGAUCGCUUUUUCAUAUGCACAGUUGCCCACACUACACGGUUGUGUGUGUGUCCAUCUGUCCCAUCCAAAUCUCCCUAUCUAUCUAUCAUCUAUCUAUCUAUUCAUCUAUCUAUCUAUCUAUCUAUCUCUGUGUAUCAUAACCUGUUCUUAUCUAUCUAUCUAUCUAUCUAUCUAUCAUCUAUCUAUCUAUCUAUCUAUCUAUCAUAUCCUGUUCAUAUUCAUCUAUCGAUCUAUCUGUCUAUCUUUCUAUCUGUCUGUCUUUGUUCACAUCUAUCUAUCUAUCUAUCUAUCAUCUAUCUAUAUCUAUCUAUCUAUCAUAUCUGUUCAUAUCUAUCUAUCUAUCUAUCUAUCUAUCUAUUAUCUAUUUAUCUAUCUAUCUAUCUAUCUAUCAUCUAUCUAUCUAUCUAUCUCUCUAUCUCAUAACCUGUUCUUAUCUAUCUAUCUAUCUAUCUAUCUAUCUAUCUCAUAUCCUGUUCAUAUCUAUCUAUUGAUCUAUCUGUCUAUCUAUCUAUCUGUCUGUCUGUGUUCACAUCCAUCUGUCUCUGUUCAUAACAUUCUAUUCAUCUAUCUCUCUCGUUAUUUACAGGAAUUUUUGUUAAGGUAUUUCUUUAUACGAAAGAACUGUUCGACUCGGCAGGGGUACUGA